AUGAGGGAGGCUGGAAUCAUGCUGAUAAGCACCGCGCUAACUUGCGUCGUUAUUGGCAAUGCGUAUUAUCAAAGAAAACAAUUCUAUCCGACCGUCGUUCACAUAACCAAAUCUAAUCCGAGCAUGACCGUGAUCUAUACGCAAGGAUUCAUUCUUGCGUUCAUGAUUAACGCCUUCCUGCGAAAGAUCUUUUUCGGUACUUUACGCGCUGCCGAGCUCGAGCACCUAGUGGAAAAAGUUUGGUACGCCGUGACAGAGACAUGCCUGGCGUUUACAGUGUUCAGGGAUGACUUCAGUCCUAAGUUUAUAGCGUUAUUUACUCUCCUUUUGUUCCUAAAAUCAUUUCACUGGCUUGCAGAGGAUCGUGUUGAUUACAUGGAAAGAAGUCCGGUAAUAACAUGGUUGUUCCAUCUCAGAGUCGCCACUUUACUAAAUCUUUUGUUUGUCAUCAAUAUAAUGAUGAUCAAUUAUGCCUACGAUACAACAGCCACUAAAGGUCCCUCUGUACAACUUGUGUUUGGCUUUGAAUACGCAAUUUUGCUAACUGUUCUUUUUAAUAUUACCGUAAAAUAUGUCUUGCACACUAUUGAUCUGCAAAGCGAAACUCCCUGGGACAACAAGCCAGUGUUCCUAUUGUAUACAGAAUUGAUUAUUGGCAUAUUGAAGGUUUUCCUCUAUUUUGCCUUUGUGACUUUAAUGAUAAAGUUAUUUACAUUACCCUUAUUUGCAUUGCGUCCUAUGUAUUAUACAAUGCGAGACUUCAAGAAAGCCCUUCACGAUAUUGUAAUGUCUCGAAGAGCCAUUAGGAAUAUGAAUACUCUUUAUCCAGAUGCAACAACUGAAGAAUUAGCUGCUGCUGAUAAUGUUUGCAUUAUAUGUCGAGAGGAAAUGGUCACAGCUAGUAAAAAAUUGCCGUGUAAUCACAUCUUCCAUACUGCAUGCUUACGUUCUUGGUUUCAACGUCAGCAAACGUGUCCGACGUGUCGGUUGAACAUUUUGAGGCCUACGCCAAACAACGCGAGACCUAGACAACAAAAUCCUCCGCAACCUGGACCACAGGUGCCUCCACAACCUCCACAAGCACCUGGUGUCAAUCCUAUAGGACCACCCUUUCAUUUUCCGGUAUUUUGGGCUGGAUUACCAGCUCCAGGUAUGCCGCCACAACAACAGCAGCAACAACAACAACCGCAACAACAGCAGCCUCAGCAGCAACAGCAGCAACCUCAAAAUAAUGCUGGAAGUACUCCGCCUCAAAAUCCAAUACCACCUACCGGAAAUAUUCCACUUUUCCCACCGCUAUUUCCUACAAUAGUACCAUUGCCACCUAUUCCUGUACCGCCACCGAAUUUAAUCGAAUUGAGCGAAGAAGAGCUCAGAGCGAUGGAAGGUAAUCUGCGGCAAGCUGUUGAAGCCAGGAUACAAACGCUGCAAAGGAUUCAACUUUUAUUAGACGCAGCCAAUGCAAUGAUGAAUCAAUAUCAAACAGCAGCUGCUACCGCUAACAUUCCUGUGAAUAAUACUACAAGCAAUAUCGACAGUACCUCGGAUACAUCUACGAUGCCAGGUCCAAGCGGUACAGCAAACACAAAUGAUGGAAUUAAUAGCGAUAGAGAGAGUUCUCAAGUUAAAGUAGAAAACCCUCCUACUCCGAGUACGUCGAAGGAAAAUACUCCUACGCCAAGUAUAUCGAAGGAAGACACGUCAGCAUGUAAUGAUACAGUAGACUUAUCUAGGACUGAAUCUUCAAGCGAACAGGAAAUGCUGCGAAAACGUAGGUUACAAAAAUUUUCACCUCCACCAACAGAAUAAAUAAAAAUAAAAUUGUGUGAUAACUUAUGUAACAUAAUAGUUUUUAACUUGGUUUAUUAUCGGCCUCAAUUAACGCAAACGGUCAAUAAUUGAGGACUGUAAAAGCUAAAGUUUGGAUUUUGUGAUUGAUACGAGAUAAAACAACAUGCCAUUCGAUAUAGUAUGGAGUUAAAGAGCAGUUGGUUUUAAGGACCAAUAAGGCUGUUUGUAAAGAAAUCUCCAGCGAUUAUUAAAUCCAGAAUUUAGUGAUAACCGAGACUGAAAGCUUGAGACUCAAAUUGCAAACUGUUGUACUACCAACAAUCGUAAUCGCAUGGAAGAAUGAUUUUAUAGGAAUGACAAUUUUUUGUCUUUCUUUUUGUAAAUUAUUACC